AUGUCAAUGCUAAUGACAUCUAGACCUGAUUUAAUUACAGAUUCCAACGACUUUGUUAAAGAAGACCCCUUUUCCUCUGAAUCCGAUCUCGAUAACCAAAACCAAUCCCAAAUUCAAAUUCAUCAUAAUAACCAAAUUCAUCACAAUAAUCACCUUCACAACAUGAAUAUCCAAAAUAACGAUCAUAUCUCAAUCAAUUCUUCUUUAAAGCAAAAUAUCAACUACAACAACAACCCCAAUCUCAACAUCGGCAUCAAUAACGGCAUCAAUGAUGAUCUCAAUAUCAACAAUAUUAACGACAUAAAUGAUUUAAACAACAUAAACGAUAUAAACAUGAAUAACAUGAAUAACAUGAAUAAUAUAAACCAUAUAAACCAUAUAAACCAUAUGAAUCAUAUGAAUCAUAUAAAUCAUAUGAACAACAUUAACAACAUGAACAACAUGCAUAUGAACAAUCUAAAUAUGAACAAUAUGGAUAUAAACAAUAUGAGCAUCAACAAUAUCAAUAAUAUGGCUAGUAUGAAUAAUUUGGCUAUUGAAAAUAUCAACAACAACAAUGAACCUAAUAAUGGUAACCUUAAUAAAAAUGACGGAUCAAAUAUUAAAAAUCUCAAUAAUGACCAAUCAAUUCAAAUCAAUCAAAACCAAAACAACCAAAACAACCAAAACAACCAAAUCUCAAAAAUCAUCAAUUCUCCUAAAUCUUUUGACAAUUCUACUGAUCAACAAUCACUAAACGUUCAAAAUGACUCAAUCAACACACCCACCCCAAAUACCACAAAUAUUUCAGAAAACCAGGAUAACUCAAAAAACUCCAACAAUUCAAACAACUCAAAUUCUGAUGAUGACUCAAAUGAUAAAUCUCAAGAUCUAUCUCAAGAUCUAUCCCCCAAACCAAUGAUAAAAAAGAACUCAGGCUCUCAAGGUCCUCAAGAUACCACAUUAAAUCCCUUUAUUUUGGACCGCUCUUCAAUUGAUGCCACAAAAUGGUCAAAAGAAAUGAACGACUUAUUCAUCAACCUAUUGAUAAGGGAAAGUGGUGAAAACUUUUAUGAAAAAAAUGAAAAUGACUGGUCAAAAGAUAGCUGGGACAGAAUCACUAAAGAAUUGGACUUAGCCUUUCCAUUGAAAGCUAAAGUCAAUAAAUUCGAUAAAACUAAAUUGAAAAAGCAUCUAAAAAUCCUUAAAGAUGAACACGCCUACUGGAGAUUUAUUAAAGACAAUGCAAAGGGCUUUAAAUGGCUAAAUAAAAAAGGCUGCUUCAAUCUAGAUUAUUACGAAGUCGACCAUUAUUUCGCUCUAAAUAAAUUCAUUGAAGAUGAAGACGUAGUUAAAAAAUACCAAAGGAAAAAAAGUUGGGUCAAAAAAUUUUGCAUUCCUCAUGCUUGUGACUACUUGGUUUCAUAUGAUAAAUUCAUCUAUAACCAACCUCUAAACCACAACGUCACAAUAUCUGACAACCCAAACUCUUACGAUGAUAACGACAACUUUCAAAAUCAAAACAGUAAUCCUUACGAUUAUGAUCUGGCCGAUGAUGAUGAUGAUGACGACGAGGAUGAAGAUGAAGAUGAACUUCCCCCUCCUCUUCCAAGAGAAAAACAGUUUUACGCUGACGAUGAUGAAGAUGAUGACAAUUAUGACAAUAAUCAAAUUAUCAACAACGAAAACAAAAAUAUACAAAAUCAAAAUCAAAAUCAAAGUCAAAGUCAAAGUCAAAGUCAAAGUCAGAAUCAAAUUCAGAACCAGAAUCAACUUCAGUUUCCAACCCAAAAUAUUGAUAAUGACCAACAAAAUCUUCAACAGAACAACCCAAACUUAAUUACCAACUCAACCUCAAAACCUAAUUCUCUUCAAAUCCAAAACCAACCUCUGGCUUCUAUCUCAAACCCAACCUUGAAAUCUGAUGAUAAAAGAGAUCCUGUCAAGGAUAUAAUAGCUGAUGACGAUGAUGAUGAUGACGACGACGAACUAGACGAAGAUGAUAAUGUCCUAUUAGAAAUGAGUGGCUACAAUAGAAGUAGUAACAACAAUAAUAGUAAUAACACUACUAACAAUAACAACAGCAAAAAUAACACUUGUAACAACAGCAAUCCUCCUAAUGGAUCUGCUCGUCGUCCCUCAACUUAUAAUGGCAAUAGAAUAACAAAAAGAAAAUCUCAAAGAAAUUCUAGAACUUUAAACAACAACAAUAUGAAUGGUAGAAAAGAAUAUAUCAUUAAUGGUUUGAACAGUACUUUUAGUAACGGUUACACUAAUUCUUCUAAUACAACUGCUUUUUCCGAUAAUUUCAACAAUGACCCAUUUGUGAUAAAUAAUGUAUAUCAACAUUUAUUUAUCUUAAAUAAUUCUGAUGCCUUUGAUAAGUUGACAAAAAUUGUUAUGAAUUAUGUGAUAGACAGUAAAAUCACAGUCAAAUCUCAAAGAAUCAUUUCAAAAUUGAUUCUUAAUGAUAUAAUACUUUUUAACUUUUUAAAUGAUGAUGGGUUCUCCGACAAAGAUAAAAUCAGAUAUAUCAAUGAUUUAACUAAAGAUUAUUAA